AUGUACACCCAGCUGGGAGGUGUGCUCAGGACCCUGCAAAUGGGUCAGCAGGAUGCCCAGAAGGAGCAGCUCUUUAGCCUGGAGUCCAGGCGCCCGCUCAUCACAGACAAGUUAGAGGCCCUGCAGGGCAGCAGAGGGAAGCGGGAGGACGUCUCCUCCUCUGUUAACGGCACCCGCCAGAGCUGCAGUGCGCACUCUGAACAGCAGGCACGUCCACCAGAGGGCCGCUUGGAACACACCAUGUCCCGCACCUUGCAAUCCUCCCACAUGGGGGUCAGACGCACCAAGUCCCUGGACCACAGAUUGAUGGAGUCGUCCAGCACACCCGACCAGCUGAAUUUCAAGAAGGGCUGGCUGUCCAAGCUCUUUGAUGGUGGAGUGUGGAAGAAGCGCUGGUUUGUCCUCACUGACCGAAGCCUGAGAUGGUACAGGGACACCGUGGCGGAAGAGACGGGCGAUUUGGACGGCGAGGUUGACCUGUCCACCUGCUGCGAUGUCACCGAGUUCCCAGUGCUGAGAAAUUAUGGCUUCCAGAUCCAUACAAAGGAUGGCACCGUCACCCUCAGUGCUGUGACCUCAGGAAUUCGCCGCCAUUGGAUACAAGCCAUGCUGAAGAAUGUUAAAACCAUCACUGCCCCUGAUGUCACACGCACGUUUCUUGAAGAGGCCAGAGCCGUGGCCCUGCCGUGUCCCACCAUGUCUGGGUUAAAUGCACACAGCUCCAAGGCGGAGCUACAAACACAGAUGGACAACCAAAACGGUACGGAGCAGCGGAGGAGGAGGAGCCGCAUCCGUGACCGCAGGCUGGAGGGACGCUACAGAACCUUUGACUGGGCUGAGUUCCGGCGAGAGCUGCUGCCGCAGAAGUUGCCCAGACCUCCUGAGAAGGCUCGGGACACAGUGGAUAGGAAGGCACUGCCCACCCCAGCCACCACAAUGCCGAAGGAGGAGGGAGCAAACAGAGGAGGGUGUGGCCUUGAAAAGGAUCCACCCAGGGAAGAGGGGCUGAGCAGCCCUCCCAGACUGCAGCAGGAGACCAAUCUGCCUUGCCAGCAAGAAGAAAUCAAACCCCCUGAAGAUGAGCGGCAGGUGACCAACAGCGCAAAGACACCUAUGUCUGUCACCCCUGACCUUUGUUCUCCUCUGCAGAAUGCGCUGGAGAAGCAAAGAAAAGCCUUGGACAGUGAUGUGCUGCAGGACUCUCCAUCUUCACCGUGGAUACCGGCGAGCUCAGGCCCCCAGCAUAGAACAGAAGAGCAGGGACAACCCAGGCUGAGUGAGGCCUCCAGCGAGUGGGCACUGGCACAGGUGAAAAGUGAGCUCCAAUUGGAGCAGGAGCGCUCCCGGGAGUGCAGGCAGCGGUGGGAGUGUGCGGAACAAGGCCUGCGUGUACAGCUGCAAGAGCGCGGGGAGUGCCUGCAGGCUGUGGAAGCCCACCUGCUGCAGAGGGGUCAGGCGCUGUUUGACCUGGAGCAGCAGCAGGCCCUGCAGCACGACCACCUGAAUGAGGCAGAGCAGCUCCAGGACAGACUGGCCGAGGUGACGGGGCACCUCGUCACCACUGAGGAGGCGCAGGCCAUUUGCGAGCAGAGGCUGCAGGAGAACCUGGAGGUGCUGCAGGAAAAGCAGGAGCGGGAGCGCCACGGCCUGGCCCAAUGCCUCGCCACCGCCCAGGGCAACAUGUGGCAGCUAGAGCAGCGGCUGCUGGAGGUUGAGCAGCAGGCCGUGGCGCUGCUCAGUGACAAGCGGCCCACCAGGCUGGAAGCUGGAGAGGCCCAACUGCUGCUCAAGGACGAUGCCAUUGAGAAGCUGACGGAGAGCGUGCGGCUGCUGGAGGCAGAGAAGAGCCAGCUGCACCGACGCUGUCGGGAACUGGCUCAGCAAGCGGUCAUAGCUGACAGCAAGUGGAAACAGCUCAGGGAGAUGGGCUCCUGUGCCGAGAAGGCAGAGUGCGUCCAGCAGGUGGCCUGGGCCUUGCAGCAGAAGGACAAAGAGAUUGAGAACAUCAAGGAGAUGUACGAGAAAAUGCUGCAGCGGAAGGACCAGGACCUGAACGAGGCAGUGGUGAAGAUGGCUGCUCUGGGAAGCAGCUUGGAGGAGACGGAGUUCAGGCUGCAAGCUAAGGAGCAGUUGCUCCGCCAGCUGAGCUGUGGAGGAGAAGCGUCCAAACUGCAGGUCAAGCUGAUGAGUGCCAUGGAACAAAUUGUCCAGCUGGAGCAGUGCCAAGAGGGCCUGCGACUGGCACACGCUGACCUUCAGAAGGUGCACACUCAGCUUCAGCAAGACUAUAAUGCCCUCAUACUGCACCUCAAGUCCUUCUCCAUUGCUGAGACGCUCACCAUGUGGAGAGAUGCUAGCUGUGUGGAGGAGAUGCCGGAGGACCAUGGGUCUGUUCACUGUGGUGCCCCCAUGGGGCCUGGCAACUUUGUGUCUCAGGACUCCUGCAAGGCUUCUGCAGGAAACGACCCGGCUGGGUUCAUCUCUGUCAUCCGCUGCCUGGAAGCAAAGCUCCUUGCCACAGAGGAGAAGCUCAGAGACAUCACAGUGAAGCUACAGGAUCAGCAAGAUUCUGGGACAGGGUGGCCCAGCUGGGGGUGUGGCUCUGGGAUAGAGACUUGUGCUGAAUUGGGAAAGCUGAACAAUGAGCAUCAUCAGGACACAGGGAAGUGGACCAGUUCCACCAGAGCUGUGGACCCCCUAUGCAGGAGGACUCAGACCUGGAUGGGGCCCAAUAAGAAAGAGGUCUCGGCAGGCCUGAGCCAUGAUGGCCCGGUCUCAGACAUGGAGCACCCCCUGCUGGUAAAGGUGGGAAGAGAGCUGAGCAGCAUUGCUCAUAAUAUCGGACUGGGAGCGGGUUUCUGGGAAGACAACUGGACUGACUGUGAAGCGAGGGACAGAAACGUGCUACAAGAAAACAGGGCGAAACGCAUUGCAGAAAUGUUGGCUUUUGAGGCACUGGUUCUGAGCAGGAUGGCAUCCUCCAUACGGAGUCAAAAUGCGGACCUUUUCCUGAACCUCAGUGAGAUUUACCAGGAGGUGGAAAAACCGAACAGCAACGAUGAUGGUGAUGGAGAGGUUGAUGUACAUGCUUUGGCUCUCAAACUGAGAGUGGAGAGUGAGUUUUGGAUAGAAGUGGAGAAGCUAAAGAUGUGCCAAGAUGGUGCAGAGUCAACCGAAGGCUCUUUCAUUGAGAACCCUUGUGUCAAAGCCAAUCUGGACUACGCAGUUCAGAAUCUGAAGCUUCUGUAUAAGGUGAAAUUCCAGAGACUCCAGGAGGACGCAGUGAACAUGCGGAAAAGCUCACCGAGCCGAGACUGGACCCUGAGAGGGAAAGGAGAGGCGGCCAAGAGUCCAGCUGUGGAUCUGAUCCCUGAAGACAUCCAAAAGGAACCAGCCUGUUACCUUGAGAAUCCCAGGAUGAACCGUCCUGGGGACCUUCCAUCCUAUAGUACCACGAUGGAGUCCCUUCGACUCAGCCAAGACACUCUGGCCUCUGAGCUGGAGGCUCAGGCUGUGUUCUUGCAGCGCCUCUCCAGGGAGGUGGGGAUGAGCCUCGAGUGGAAGAGCAGCGGUCUUCACCUGUGGCUGGAGGCUGUCUACAGGACAAACUCCUGCUACAGCAAGGUCUCUGACACCUGGGACCACACCCAUUGCCUGCAGGAGGCCAUGGUCCAGGCCCAGGUGGCCUACGUGGUCUGCAGACUGAGGGCAGAACACAAGAAUAGCCUGCAGCUCUGCAGAGAUGCAGCCUCUCUGCAGGCAGAGAACAAACACCUGCGCAAGGAGCUGCUCCAGCUGCAGCAGCAUUUGUCCCAGCUGGAGCAGACAGAGACCCGGCAGCAGGCGGAGGCAUUACAGGUAGAGCAGAGAAGGGCUCCGACUGAGCUGGCACUCGUAGAGGAGGCGGCUGAAAACAAGCGCAAGCUGGAGCUCGUCCUCAUCGAGAUGGAGAAGAUGGAGGACCGACACGAAGAGCACAUACAAAAGCUGGAGGAGACCUUUCAGAGGAGGCUCCGUGAACUGGGCAGCAGCCACGAGGAAGAGUCACCACAUUGCCGAGCUCCACCAAAGCAUGCCUCUAUCCAGCUUACGGACUUGGUGGCGCUGAGGAAGAGGAUCCGGGAGCUGGAGGCACAAGUGAAGGUCAUGAAGAAGGAGCUGGGGAACAAACAGCUGGAGAAGAGCAUUUUCUGCCUGAAAGAAGAAUAUCAGCAGGAUCUGGAGCACUUGAAGGUCACGUGCCAGCUGGGCUUCGCUGCCAUGGAGGAUGCCCAUCAGAAGGCAAUGGAGGAACUGCACAAGCGGCACCAGACGGAGACGGCCAAGCUGCAGGAAGAGCGAGACAGACUUCUAGCUGAGGAGACAGCAGCCACCAUCGCCGCCAUCGAGGCGAUGAAGAAGGCCCAUCACGAGGAGCUCAAGAAGGUCCAGAGAGCCCAGCUGAGCAGGAAGUCCGACGCGGAUGAACUAGGCUGCCAUUACGAGGAGGAGCUGAAGUCUGUGCAUCGGGAGCUGGAUGUGCUGUCCCAGCAGUACUCCCACAAGUGCUUGGAGAGCACACACCUGGCCCAGGCACUUGAGGCCGAGAGGCUGGCGCUGCGGCGCUGCCAGCGGGAGAACCGUGAGCUGAAUGCACACAAUCAGGAGCUCAACAGGCAGCUGAGGGAGGAAAUCUCGCGCAUCCGCAGCGGCCCGCCGGCUAUCGGGGCCGGGCCCUCGGGGACUCGGAGCUCCGAGCGGUACGAGAUGGAGGUCUUACUGCAUGUGAAAGAGGCUGAGCUUCAGUGUCUGAAGCAGGAGCUGUGUUCGCUGCAGGACGAGCUGCAGGCGCUCCUCAGGAUACGACACGCUGCUCGACCUGACCGCUCCCAGAGUGCUGAGCGCGGUGCUGGCGACAAACACAGCAGCCAGCUGAGCGUUACCAAGGCCCAGGAGGAACACCUGGCAGCUGUGAUGGAGGCCCGUGGUGUGAAAUGUGAAAGCAGCACCGGGUCUCAGAGAAAAGAACGCAACCAGUCGGCCCGGUCCAGCAGAGGCGUGAGAUCGAAGAGUCUGAAGGAAGGCCUGACUCCCCAGGAGUGCACGAGGCUCUUUGAGGACGCGGACUCGAGGAAGAUCUGAGAGAGCAGAGGCACGGCAGCGCAAACACCCUGAUGGCUCGCAUCUCAGACUAUCUGGGAGUACCACUGUGGGGGUCACUGAAUGAGACAUUGCUGAGGGGUGCAGAGUACAGCACUGCGG